UGUCUGAACUCCCACGACGAAGCUUUGUAAUCUCCGGCCUCCGUAUUCUUGAUUAUUUUCGUAUUACUCGCGUCUCGCCCUGAUCCAUGGCGUCGCCGCCGCUCACCUCCCUCUUCUCCGCGGCGGCUCCCCCGGCCGGCGCGUUCGGAGCGCCAGCGUACGCCCGGCUGUGCCCUCACCGGCAGCGGAGGCGGCGGCCGGUGGCGGCGUCGGUGAAGUGGAGGUACAAGGGGACGGCGAGGAAGGAGGCGGUCCUGUCGGAGCUGAUCGAGCGGAAGGUGGCGGAGGCGACGGAGGCGUGCGCGGGGGAGGGCGCCGCAGGGGAGGCCGGCUGCCGGGUGGCGUGGGACGAGGUGGAGGAGGUGAGCCAGGCGAGGGCCGACCUCCGCCGCCGCAUCGCCGAGGGCGCCGACGACCCCCUCGAGCCCUUCUGCUCCCACAACCCCCUCGCCGACGACUGCGCCGUCGUCUACGGCGACGAAUGACCCGCCGCCGCCGCCGUGAUCCGCCAUGGCGCGUCACUGAUCCACCAUCGGGUCAGUUCUGAAUAGCCCGGACAGGAGGAAGAAAUAAACAUGGCCCAAAUUUGAAUUUGAAUUUGAAUUUUAGUAGAGACGGGAUGGAAGAAGGAAUAGUGCUAGCUUGUGAGAAAUGAUAAUUUUUCAUGGGACUUUCAAUUACUUGCGUGUCAUUUCAGGUUUGAGGUACCAAGUUUUGUGAAUUUCUCUCGAAUUUGUCUUGCAAGGGCGUGCACUUCGAACCUGAAACGAAAUUGCGAGGCCUGAUCCAAAUGCCAUUGUGCUGUGCAUUUGUACUUGUCUUUAGAAGAAAUAAGAAGAAAGGAUCUAGUAAUCCAUAGUAAACCGUGUUCAAAAUGCAUAAUUUUUACCAAAUUUUUGUGGUUGAACGAG